GGCGGGAGAGCGCGGCGGGCGGGAAGGGGCGGAGAGCGCGCUCCUGCGGAGGCGGCUGUUCUCCUCCCGGCGGCCAAGCGCUUCAGUGCUCGCCGGGCUUCGCAGAUGGCUUGCCCCGCUCUCGGUCUGGAAGCUCUUCAGCCCCUGCAGCCGGAACCACCUCCGGAGCCUGCCUUCACCGAGGCACAAAAGUGGAUCGAGCAAGUCACUGGCCGAAGUUUUGGCGAUAAAGACUUCCGGACAGGGCUAGAAAAUGGGAUCCUUCUUUGCGAGUUGCUGAAUGCUAUAAAGCCAGGACUUGUUAAAAAGAUCAAUAGAUUGCCUACCCCCAUUGCAGGAUUGGACAAUACCAUUUUAUUCUUGAGAGGCUGCAAAGAGCUCGGCCUUAAAGAGUCUCAACUCUUUGACCCAAGUGACCUCCAGGAUACGUCCAACAGGGCCACUGUCAAGAACCUUGAUUAUAGCCGGAAGCUGAAAAACGUGUUAGUGACCAUUUACUGGCUGGGGAAAGCUGCAAACAGCUGCGCGUCCUACAGUGGAACCACACUGAACCUGAAGGAGUUCGAAGGCCUGUUGGCUCAGAUGCGAAAGGAGACUGAUGACAUUGAGAGCCCUAAGCGCAGUAUCCGAGACAGCGGCUACAUCGACUGCUGGGACUCUGAACGCAGCGACUCCCUCUCUCCUCCUCGCCACGGCCGAGAUGACUCCUUCGACAGCCUGGAUUCUUUCGGCUCCCGCUCCCGGCAGACACCUUCACCAGAUGUAGUUCUCCGGGGAAGCAGUGAUGGAAGAGGAAGCGACUCUGAAUCUGACUUGCCACACCGGAAGUUGCCGGAUGUGAAGAAAGAUGAUAUGUCUGCACGACGGACUUCCCAUGGUGAGCCGAAGUCUGCAGUACCGUUUAACCAGUACCUCCCGAACAAAAGCAACCAGACGGCCUAUGUCCCAGCGCCUCUGAGAAAGAAGAAGGCCGAGCGGGAGGAAUACAGGAAGAGCUGGAGCACGGCCACCUCCCCCCUGGGCGGGGAAAGGCCCUUCAGUUAUCCAGAAACAAUAGAGGAGGAGGGAAGCGAAGCAGGGUCUCCUGGUGAAGAUGACCCCAGCAGCCAGACAGGCCACGAUGGGUGGCCUCACGGUGGGUUAGAACCUCCUCUGGGCAGUGGUGAGGAGCAGUCCCCCGAGGAGGUUGCUGUGGUGCCCACUGCCGUUCCUGAAGACAGAGAUGCUGUGGAAAGCCAAAGGCGCAGGAGGCUGGAGGAAGCUGGGAUCAAGGUCAUGCCAGCAGCACAGCGCUUUGCCAGUCAAAAGCCACUGAGAGAUGAGAAAGAGGCUGCUCGGGAUAUCGUCCUUCGGAAGGAAAACCCUUUCCUGACUCAGCAUGGCAAAGACUCAGAGUCAGAAGAUGAAGCUGCCUGUCGACUGCCUGACCUUGAGAAAGAAGACUUUGCUGCAAGGAGGGCGAGAAUGAACCAAAGCAAGCCGAUAGUGCCGCUUCAUCAGCUCCUGUAUGGACCUUACCUGAAAAAAGAUGCGGGAGUGACAGGUGGCAACAAGCAGCUCUCAAAGGGACCGUCAGACAAGAAAAAUCUAGAAUAUAAAAGAGACCAGAACCAACCAGAAGAGGUGAACCCAGUAGUGGCCUGUGUUCUGAGAACUCAGGAAAGCGAACCAGUGGAAACAAAUUUCAGGAAGGCACCAGAUCUCCAGAAGGACGACCUGGCCCAGAGGAGAAUCCAGGGCAGGCAAACCCCACAUCGCGAGGCUCCGAGCUUCAUCAAACUCUCCAGUAUUACAGAAGCUGACCUGGAGACAUGGGAGAGAUUGAAAGUGUCAGAAAAGACGAGGGAUGGAGAUGCUCAGAACACCUGUACCCCUGAGCCCUCACUGGAAAUCAACGCAGAGACUGCCAUCCGAGAUGACUUGGCCAGCCGUAAAGCAAGGGCCUAUAAGAAAGCCUCCAGCCCUGGGCAAAAGUUUGUACACUUUGGGCCCGUGACAGAAAUAGACCAACAAACUUGGAAGCGGCUCAGCAUUGGCAAGGCGGGGCCUAGGGACGAUGCAAAGGCUGUCGGUCACAGUCCCUCUGUGUCGCCUCCUCCUGCUGCUCCUUAUGGCUUAAAGGAUGACCGAAUGCUUAGUCCACAGAAUGGCUGCAGGUUAGUGCGUUAUGGCACAGAGGACCGUCUCCAAAAGGUCCCUUGGCUGGCACCAGUGCCGGAGUCUCAGGAAGAGCAGGUCUGCAUUCCAAGCGAUAACCCAGAGACAGAGGAAGUUACACCCACACAGCUGCCACAGGGUGGCAGAGAACAAAAUGAAGAAGUUAUUAAAAAAGAACCUGAGAUGCUGCCAAGAGGGAAAAGACCAGAGGAAUGCAGCGGACCGCUAUACGGUCCGAGAACUCCUGUGUCGGAUGACGCAGAGAGCACGAGUAUGUUUGACAUGCGGUGUGAGGAGGAGGCAGCGGUGCUGCCGCACAGCAGGGCCCGCCAGGAGCAGCUGCAGCUGAUAAAUAACCAGCUGAAGGAAGAGGACGACAAAUGGCAAGAUGACCUGGCUCGCUGGAAGAGCCGUAGAAGAAGUGCUUCUCAGGACUUAAUCAAGAAAGAGGAAGAAAGGAAAAAAAUGGAGAAGUUGAUGUCCGGAGAAGACGGGACAAGCGAACGAAGGAAAAGCAUCAAGACUUACAGAGAGAUUGUGCAAGAAAAAGAGCGGAGAGAGAGGGAGCUGCAUGAGGCCUAUAAGAAUGCACGGUCGCAGGAGGAGGCCGAAGGGAUCCUCCAGCAGUACAUCGAGAGGUUCACCAUCAGCGAGGCUGUGCUUGAACGCUUGGAGAUGCCAAAAAUCCUGGAAAGAAGCCAUUCAGCAGAGCCAAACCUAUCCUCCGUCCCGAAUGACCCCAGCCCCAUGAAAUACUUGAGGCAGCAAUCACUGCCUCCACCCAAGUUCACUGCCACAGUUGAAGCCACCAUUGCUCGCGCCGGUGCCCCAGAGACCAGCGCAGCAGGCGGCAGUGGGUCUCCAAGCAAAUCCGUCCCUCCCAGUGCAGUGCCUAUGGUGACACCCAAGCCUUACACCCAGCCCAAAGCCUCUCAAGAGGUUCUGAAGACUUUUAAGGUGGAUGGGAAAAUCAGCAUGAAUGGAGACAUGGCACAUGGAGACGAGGAAGAAAAGGAAAAGGAAGGGCCCACGCUGGAACCUGGCCCUUCCUUAACCAAGUCCCAGCUGUUUGAAGGUGUGGCCACAGUGCACGGUUCUCCCGUGCAAGUGAAGCAAGGCAGCAACAGCGUUGAGAUCAACAUCAAGAAACCAAACUCUGCCCCCCAGGAACUGACAGUAAGAAGCAGCAUUGCUCCUUGGGAUAAUUCUGUCAUGGCCCUGGAUGUUAGAGAUUUCUUCCAGAACCAACCCUCAGGAGAGCCACAGCAUUUUACAGCAACGGUGACUCGCUGCAGCCCCACCGUGGCCUUUGUGGAGUUCUCCCCCAGCGCACAGCUGAAGAACGAGGUGCCAGAAGAACGAGACCAGAAGAAGCCAGAAAAUGAGAUGAGUGGGAAGGUGGAGUUAGUGCUGUCACAGAAGGUAGCAAAGCCAAAAUCCCCAGAGCCAGAAGCAACCUUGACGUUUCCUUUUCUCAACAAAAUGCCUGAAACCAACCAACUGCACUUGCCAAAUCUCGAUUCUCAAGCGGAUUCUCCGAGCAGCGAGAAGUCUCCUGUAACCACACCCUUUAAGUUCUGGGCAUGGGACCCGGAAGAGGAGCGUAGGCGGCAGGAGAAAUGGCAGCAGGAACAAGAGCGUCUGCUCCAGGAGAGGUACCAGAAGGAACAAGAUAAGUUGAAGGAAGAGUGGGAAAAGGCCCAAAAGGAGGUGGAAGAAGAAGAACGCAGGUACUACGAGGAGGAGCGUAAGAUAAUUGAAGACACGGUGGUCCCGUUCACUCUUUCCUCGAGUUCUGCAGACCAGCUGUCUACUUCCUUGUCUGUCACUGAGGGCAGCGGGACUACGAAUAAAGUGGACUUGGAAAAUUCUCAAGACAAAGAAAAAGAGAGAAGACAGAAGAUACCUUUCCAGGAGAGCGACAGUGACCAGUUGCUCAAGGCUGGGGAAAGUGGUCCACCCAAGGAGGACAGUAUUAGCAGCCUAAUUCAAGGACCGUCGGCUCACUCAGAAGACUCCAUGUCAAAAGGAAUCCAUCUGGACCAGCGGCCGGAGGCAGAGGCUGGGACCCCGCACUGUGGUACAGGCCCACAGCUAGCUCAGGAGCCACCUCAGAAUCAUCAGGUGUCAAACCCAUCAGCAUGUAUGUCAGAAGAUGUGAAGCCCAAAACCCUGCCCCUGAAUAAAAACCUUAAUCAUCAGCUAGAGUCUCCGGGUGAAAGACGGAAGAAAAGUCCUCGAGAGAACUUCUGGGCUGGGCCCCUGUCCCCCUGUUCUCCUACCCCUCCCGGCCAGUCACCAAACAGGUCUAUUAGCGGGAAGAAGCUCUGCUCCUCCUGUGGGCUCGCUCUGGGUAAAGGAGCCGCGAUGAUCAUCGAGACCCUGAAUCUCUACUUUCACAUCCAGUGUUUCAGAUGUGGCAUUUGUAAAGGACAGCUCGGAGACACAGUGAGUGGGACGGAUGUGAGGAUUCGCAACGGCCUCCUAAACUGUACUGACUGCUACAUGCGAUCCAGAAGUGCCGGCCAACCUACAACACUGUGACAGGGAUGAGCGCUUCUGGAUCUCCGAGCAUUUCUUUAUUAAGGGUGUCCCUUGGCAAUGGCUUAAUUAAACCCCAAGUUCAGGAGCUUCUCAGCAUUCAUAUAAUUCUGGAAGACUCUUCUACAAGGUGGUAUCUGCUCUUUUGUAUUGUAGCACAGUGUGCUUUUUCUGGUUGGGGGCUGAUUUUUUUUUUUUUGCAUUUGCACAGUAUAUACAAAAGAAUAUUGCAUUGUAAUGAUUCUGAACAGUUAACUGGGGGGGGGGGGAAGACAAAUGGUUUCAGCACGAGCAGAAAGGCUUAUGGUUGAGGAGGUGUUGUUCUCUUCUUUGGGGAAUAGCUGUUAUUCUCUUCUUUGGAAAAUAGCAAAAGGGUGCAAUAAACCUGUUGUGUUUUAGUAUUUCUAGAAAUUAAACAAGUUAUGUUUACAGAAUUGAGCUGCAGAAAGUGCAAGACAUGCCAACUUAAGACAGGAGCAUAAAGUGAAUGCAUUUCAGAAAAUCUAGACACCCCAGAAAGCUCUGACUCAGAACUAUAACUUGUUUUUUUAAUGCAAAGACAGUAGUCUGAUAAUAUAUACUGUACUCCUGAAAACAUUUGUGUUACUUACCUUUGGGGGGGGACAGAAGUCCUACCAAUAAAUUAUCACACUGUUAGUAUUAGAUUUUAUGUAACCUGGACGUCAUGUCAUUAAUAUAGGCUGAUCCCCCCCAAAUGAAGAAAGCCCUUGCAGUAUCACUAGACUUCCACUCUGUGGUGUUGUGCAAGGGUAGGGAGGAAACUGGCCAGCUAUUAUCUUCAAACUUACUAUAAAAUCCAUGAGGAAGUGUCAUCUGUCUGGACGGUGUUUCAGUGGGCCACCUGCUUUCUCCAAGCACUGGGUUAGGGGUUGUUGAGUGGCUUGAUGUGAGAAUGUUGGUGUUAGGCACCAAGGACAGUCUGUCUUUAGGGGUGAGUACAUCUCAUCUUUUGCCUACAAGUUUUCCUUGGGAGCAGAAGCCCAGAUACCCAGAGAGAAGCAUUAAGUCCAUCCUCACAGACCCCGGAUGGCAUGAUGAGACAAGCCCACAACUGGUCUGUAUGGGCAGCCGCCCAAGGCAGAUGGUGCCCUGCCCACCCCCAUGGAUCUGUGUGCACCUUCCUUCUCCCACACGGCCUUCUUGACUCUCAAGAAUUCUGCACCUGACCCAUGGAGUUCUGAAAGAGGCGCCUGCGGAGACCUGGUUUGUUCUCUGCCCCCUGUGAGGAGUUCCAGCUGGACAUGGCAGGAAAGAAGCGGCUAAACCAGCACGACUUGGCUCUCCAGGCUAAGGACUGGGCAAAGGGGAACUAUUUAUUCUGCCUUAAAAGGAUGGCAACUGAGUAAAGACAACGACGUUAGGCGGAUGUAGACCGUGGAUACACUCCUAGUAGGCUAAUGUAGCAUAGUGAGAGCGCAAGUAAAUGUUUUUCUGUUAUGUAAGCAAUAAUUUUUCUGUGUCUUACGGAGUAUGGCUAGCAGUUAUUUAUUUCUGUGCUAGACGGUUCUUUGCAUGUGGGUUCCCUAUAGGUGCAGGCAUCUCCUGGCCACUGGAGGCAUAUUGGCCACUUUGCCAUUUGGACGAGUUGCUAUUGGACUGAAAUUCACACAUCAUUUCAUUAAAAAUUGUGCCUUAGAAAAUGCAAAGCUGUUGCACAUGGUGGUGGGUGGCAGAUUCAGAACACCGGAGGGAAAUGACGUCACUUCCCAGGUCUCACGACUUCUCUCAGAGGUGUCCGCUGCUUUACAAGAAAAAAAUAAAUAAAUAAAUAAAUAAAUAAAGAUUUUAAAAGACAAAUAAAAAAGGAAAAAAAUUAAAAAGAAAAAAGAAAAAGUUUUGAAAAUGUACAGAUCAAGUCCAAUAUUUUGAUGAAGCACCUGCAUGUUUUAUUAACUAUUUUAAUAACGUGGAUGUUUACACUUUGCAUGAUAUUAACAGAGUACCUUACGAGAAGCGAUGCACAGAACAUGUACGAUACGGUCAUUGGUAAGCGACUUUUGUAGAAUACUUUUUACAUGUGUGAGGCCAUCCAUUAUGUCAGGAUCCCACGAGUGCUGCACACUCUCCUGGUUUCACAAAGCCAUGUAUACAUACUUCCUAGCGGGACGCGUUGUCCGUGCGUUGCAGCUCGACUGGAGUCAAGAGGAAUAAAGUGCUUUGCCGUCAUGAACACUAGUCACCAGCCUGGAAUAAUCUCCAGCAUUCUCUAAAUUCUAAUUGCCAACCGUUUCUAUUUCUAUUUGAUUUCGAUUUCAUUUAGUGCCGGUCACGGCAGCUUCGGCAGAGUAGCUCUCCUUGUUUGCCAGUGCAGCGUAGAAGACUAUGAUCUAUUCCUCUUCAAAUAAUCUUUGAGAUCCCAGGGGGGGAAAAAUGUACUCUGUUGUGUGAAGCUAUGAUGUCAAUGUGUUUGUUUAGAAACCGGCAAGGCAAGCGAGUGAUUUAUUGUUCCUGGGGGAACUGUGGCUGUUCUCCCCCUCAGACCCCCACAUGCUUCCCUCCAGAGGACAAAAAACGGUGACUCUGUUUCUCACUAGCAAACUCUCAUGACCUUUGUCCUCCUUUCUGUGUAGUGUUCAUUAACAUGAUGCAGAUUCUAGUUACCUGUAGGCGGUGUCAGAUUCAGCGAGCUGAAACGAUCCACCUUCGAUGUGAGUCCACCCAGAAGAUGUUCCUUUCUGGGCGGGCGGAGUCCUGUAUCAACUACACUAACUUUUCAUUUACAAUAUUUAUUCUAAAAUGCCUCUGAGAAAUAGUUUAAAAAAUUAAAAAUGAAAAGUUGUCUAAAAAUGCAACAGCUUUUAUAGUGAAUGUACAUUUAUAAAUAAAAUACUCAAAUCCA